UUUCUAUUCGUUUGCGCUCGCCAGUGACAAGCGCGCCGUGAACGCGGACGAACGCGCCGUUUUUCGCGGCGAUAUUUGUCGCACGCAGUUAACGGCACCAGCAGUUGACAGUUCGUGUCUGCUGAAGCUGCGAUCCGCCAACGCGACGCCGCGUCGAAUGGGGACCGGUCGGUCGAUGGCGCGAUGAGCUGAGGACUCCCCGGUUAAGGACCCCGGUUAAGGACCUCCGGUGCGUGCAAUUUCAUCGGGAACAUCGGCGGUGAUUUACAACCAGGAGAGAUAUGUCGAGGAGCCAAGGAGGAGGAGCGACUUCGCGCGGCCAGGUUUUUUUACUCCUACGCCUGCUGCUGGCCUGCGCUCUUAUUGUCAUUAGUCGCCAAGAGGAAACGGUCAGAUCCUGGGAUAAACUCUCACAGUUGAUACCAACGAAUUCGGUCUAUUCGGAGAAACAAGAUCGAAAUGCAUUGCCGUCUAAUAAUGAGGCCGAUACAUCGUUAACGCAUUCACUGGACGAGAACAAUGUGAUGGAUAUGAAAUCGAAGGGGGAAGGCGAUCAUGUGGAGGAGGAGAAGGAGGAAGAAGAAGAGGAAAAAGAGCCUAAAUUAACAUAUGACGCCGAAGAUUAUGAAGAGGAAAAUAAGCAUGAAGAGGAAGAGGUUGAAGAGGAGAAAGAGAAGGAGCAUGAAGAUGAAGAGGAGGAAGAGGAGAAAGAGGAGGAACAAAAGGAGAAAGAGGAGGAAGAAAAAGAUUCCUCUGAUAUCGACAAUAGCGCAACGAAGAAAGAGAGAUCUCCGGCGGAAAUAAGCAGCACAUCGAAUAUUGAAGCAAUAGACAAUUCCAGGGAAGGAGAUUACCUCGAAGAGCCCCCCACGAAUCAGUAUGACAAUACAUAUUAUUAUUAUGAUGAAUACGAAAAUGGAAAUCAUUCUCAAUACGAGCCCACAGACGGAGAAAACCUUGAUUACCCAGACGCCGAUUCGGAAGAAGAAGACAUCACGCCGAAAAAUGUGCCAGAAUCAACGCUAGAGAAAGAAGACGAAGAUGUCUCGUAUGAAUCAUCUACUAACUCAUCAUUGAUCAAAAAGCCAGUCGACGAUGUGGGAUUAUUGAUGGAACAAGGCUCAUCUAUGGAGAGCAGCGAUAAAACAUUCGCCAUUUUCGGCGCGUCUGAAAACAAAUCUGACGACAACGUCUCCGCCGAGGCGAGUUCCAUCCUGAUAGGCGGUGCUGUGGUAUCUGUGGUGACCACCAAAAGUGUGGUGAACGGCACGAUAUCGGUGCCGACGACGGUCUCACCUACCACGGAGCAAGUCUCGUCGCCGAUACCGUCGUCUUCGUCGACCGAAACGACGGAACAACAUCUAGAAAUAACCACGGAGGACUCCUCGAGGAUUCUCGCUUCCGUGCAAACCAGUCGCAGCAUAUCGGGUGCGCGCUUUUUGCCAUUUCCGGUAAUAGAUCGCGUGGAACAGGUAGAGGCGCAUGGUGAAUCGCCCGAGAGCAAGAAGACAUCUCAGCCUCCGUCCGAGUCAACGGAAAGCAUUAUCGACAAACUCGACUGGGCGCAGUCCAAGCUGUCGAGUGAUCUCCUGCCAGCCGCCAUACUUGGUACCGGUGGUUUCCGGAACGCCGGCAAUACAUUACAAUUGGACGUGCUAGCCGAGAAGGAUCGUACGACGACUCGCAGGAGUUUUACCACUACGAUCAAGACGCCAAUCAUUAGCAAGUUCGUCCCUCGACGUUACAAUGAUAGAAGAUUAGAUCAUGGUGGUACUAUCAGCACGAUAAAGCCGCGAUUAGAAACCACGAUCGAUAAUCUGGAAGGUUUGUUGCCACGGAAUUAUGUAUUGGGAGGAACUACACCGAGCACGGCAGUUUCCAAGAUAAAUUUCAGGUGGCCUUCUUCAAAACCGGCAACGUCCACGGAACUAACGGAGACAAAGAUCACAUCGACUACACCACGAACAAAAUCUAAAACCAAUAUUAUCAUUCAAGAUAUUAGCGCAUUCUUGCCACCAGGCUACAAAAAAGAAGACGCAGCUGUUACAGAAAGUUUAAUUUUGAGUGACAUUUUCGCCAAGUCCAAGGUUGAUAUUUCAGCUCUCUUACCACCUGACUAUAAUAAGAAAAAGCUCGAAGAAGACUCCAAAUCGAAGAGUACCACAAUGACCACGUCGUCAACAACAGCGAAGAGUACAGACGUUUCCCCGGGAAAGAUCGCAUCUUCUAUUCAAGAUCUCUUUGCUUCUUCCAAAGUCGACAUCUCUGCCUUGUUACCUAAGGAUUAUGACCAAAAGAAAAAGAAUCUUACUUCAGAUAGCGAAAUCGGUGAUGCAAAUAAUAAACAGAAUGCAACGGUCACAGAACGACCUGAAUCUGAGUCGCCUACCACGAAGAAAACCAGCAGUUUGAAAAUUGUGUUUCCUAGUAGACCAGGCGGUCGCAAGCCUAUCCACAAAAUAACUACUCCACACACUCCACGUGGAGAUGGUCCAGGUGCGGUGACGCUAAAAAUACAAAAGGGAUGGCCAACUAGAGCUACUACGGAAUUUACUGGGUGGCCAACUCCGUCUACAACGCCGAUUUCUAUCGAAAAGCUACUGGAAGCUGCGCGGACAGCUACGGUAGCAUCGGUGAAUAUGUCGCUGAUUCCCAGUACAAACGAGAUUUCAAGCACAUCGACAUCGACAACGACUACAACGACGCCGAAACCAACGACUCCCGGUAUAUGUGACGAUGAAUGCGAGGUCGCCGGCACGAUACGCAUCAUCGGAAACGCGACGUGGGUGCCAGAACUGUUUGAUCGGAACACUCGUGAGUGGCAGGAGCUUGCGAAUCAGGUGGAACGAGAGGUAGACUUUAUAUUCUCAAAGUCUAGUGUUUUAAUGAAUUGGUAUAAAAAAAUAAGGAUUGACUCCUUCAGUCAAGGUAGCAUUCUGGUAGACUACUUUGUCGAAUUAGCCAAUAUAGAACAAAAAGUGAACACGCAGGAGCUAAAAGUGAUUUUUCACGAUUCGCUCAGAACAUACAAUGCCAAUCGGUGGAAUGAAACAGGUUCGAAGGGUGCGUUAAGGAUGGGAAUUUUUACUAUCGAUCCUAAAUACACUGAUUUUGUAGUAAUACCUAAAGCGUUUACACCACAGUAUAUGGAGAAGGACGAUAGGUUGAUUCCUCAGUGGGCCAUCGCAGUGAUAGUGAUAGGCGUCGGAGGUUUACUAUUCAUUAUAGUGUUUGGUGUAUCUGUGCUCGUCAAUAGACAAAACAGAUCCAAGUUGAAGCCGACCACUAUUUUCGAUGAAGAAAUAGUCAAGCACACGUCGAGUCACCGAUCGAGCGAUUACUCGAAACCGAUACAUAUGACCGGUACAAUAUGGUCCGAUCCCGACGUUUCUUGGAAUGAUAAAUCUUUCGAAUCAACCUCUAACAAGAUUCUGGUUGAUAAAUCUUUCCAGGACAACAAGAAGUACAAUCUAUAUGACAGUUGGCGAUCUGAAUGGAAUGGUUAUUAUUACAAUCCUUCGCAUACGAGCAGCAAGUAUGGUUAUGAUAGUACCACAAACUUAUCGAGUCGUCACCAUCCUGAUUAUGACACGAACUUUUAAAUUUAACGGCAAUAAAAACUGCAAUUUUUUC